GAGAGCCAGCGUUGAGUCCAGCUGUUCCCGCCAUCAGGCAGGGAAGGUCCCGGCCGAAGAAGCCCCGGGCGGCUGCCCUCUUCGGCCCGCUGCAGCUGCACGAGCGGCUGCUUUUGCAAGGGUUGCCCGCGAAGGCGCCGCGUGGAGCUGCAGCAGCUGCGACGGCGGCGCGCGAGGAGGAGCCUGCAGAGGGAGGCGCCCUUCUUAGGAGGCGGGGAGGCGAGCAGGCGGCUGCCCGGCUUGGAGCGGCUCGGGGAGGCCGGACGGAGCGAGCGAGCGCUGCUGCUGCUGCUGCUACUGACGCGGUUGUAGCCGGCGCUGCGCGGCGCUGAGGGAGGCGGAGGAAAGAAACUUUGCAGUAGCCGCCGCCUCCUCUCCUCCUGCGGCCGGGCUUUGCCGCAGCGAGGGAGCGCGAGGGGCGUCGCAGGCGAAGCGGGGAGUCGCCCGCCGGCGGGAUGAGCCUGCUGCGGGUGUCGGCGCUGCGGCCGAAGGAGGACCCGGGGAAAGAGGAGGCGGCGCCGCCGCCCUGGCUGCCCAGCCACGUCCAGGUGACGGUGGUGCAGGCGCGGGGUCUGCGGGCCAAGGGCGGCCCGGGCGACGCCUUCGUGGCGCUGCAGCUGGGCCGCCAGAAGCACCGCACCUCGGUGGCCACCCAGAGGGGCGGCUGCCCGCGCUGGGCCGAGGAGUGCACGCUGGAGCUGCCCCCAACGCCACCCCCCGACGCCGGGCUGGACGCCGAGGCUCUCCUCCUGCAGCUCACCGUCUGGCAGCGGGCCCUCGUCGGCAUGGACCGCUUCCUCGGGCGCGCCGCCGUCCCGCUGGCCGCUUUGCUCCGGGGUGGCCGCGCCCACCAGGACCAGUGGUACAAGCUCCACUCUAAACCCGGGAGGAAAGAGAAGGACCGAGGGGAGGUCCAGCUUAGCAUCCAGUUCACCCGCCACAGCCUGACGGCCAGCAUGUUCGACCUCUCCAUCAAGGACAAGCCCCGCUCCCCCUUUAGGAAGCUGAAGGACAAAGUGAAGGGGCGGCAGAAGUAUGACUUGGAGUCUGCCUCGGCCAUCGUGCCCAGCAGCAGUGGGGCCCUCGACGAAGACUUUGACCUGGGGGGCAAGAAGUCCAAGGCCAAAGGCUUCUUCUUCAAGAACAAGCUGCGCAAGUCCUCCUUGACCCAGUCCAACACCUCCCUGGGCUCCGACAGCACCAUCUCCUCCGCCGGCAGCGCGGUGGCCAUUGGCAUGCCCGAGAUGAUGGCGCACUCACCCAGCCGGCACAGCAGCCUCUCCACAGACCAUCCUGCCAGAGACGUCUUGCUUUCCCACAAGAGGGCAUUCAGCGAUGAGGUCUCCCAGAUCAACAUGUUGCUGGAAUCCAAAUCGAUCCAGAGCCUGAAGCCACAAAACGAGCCCAUCUCCAGGUCCUCACUCUGUAUCAACGGAAGCCAUAUUUACUGUGAGGAGCCCUCCCCAAAGCCUUCCUCCUCCUCACCUGAUCUUCCUCCUCAAAGCAUCGCCAGCAAGCCAGAGGAGGGUUUUAGUGCUGUGCUUCCGGCCCCUGAGCCAGACCUGCCACCCUGGUCCAGCAGCAUCUUCCAGAAAGGCCCCUCCAAAGACCCCCCGAGGUUCAUCCCCUCUCCCCCCAUCUUGGCCGCUCAGGAAGAAGACAAGCUCUCUGUCAAGACCAUCGCCCUCAACAAGCACAGGGGCAGGGUCAAGAUGGAGGAGGCUCUCCGUGCGGAGAGCAAGUCUGUUCAGGUAGCCGCACCCGUGGCUUUCUCCACGGAGGUCAGGAGGGUGAGGCCUCACCAGGAAGGCCAGGAGGAGGAAGGAAAAAGGUCGCCCAAGACCGGCUUAUUCCGCCGGGGGAGCAGCAAAGACGAAGGCAGGAAAAGUACUGAGGUGGGAAGCGUGGAGCCUUCGCCCAGGGUGGUGGUGGUGGCCGCGGCUGGAGCGGGAGAGAGAGGCAGCAGCAGCAGCAGCUGGUUCAGCCUCCAGGAAUCCACGGAGGCUCCCCAAAAGCCCAGUUGCCAGCCUGGCCCGCAUGCUGCGACAGAGGCUGCCACGGACACUUGUUUCCCUGAGGAUCACGGCCCCUCUCCCUUCAUCAGAGUUGGAAACCUGCAGGCUGUGCCGGCCGCCCAAUGCGUGAGCAGCCUCCUCGAGGUGCGGCCCCCACCUACCGCCACCGCCCCCUUGGAAUGGGACGACCACUUUGACGCCUUUGCAAGCAGCAGGCUCUGGCCAGAAGCCCCGAUGGAGCUCUCGGUGCCUCCUGGGGAGAGGGUGCCGGAAGGCACGGCUGCUUGUGUGGACUCUCUGGGUAGAGCCAGCCCUCCUGAGGAGACCCACCUUGCUGAGUUCCUUUUUCCGUGGGAGGGGGAGGCCCAUGGCAGCUCCAGGGCGGCUGUGGGUGGAGCGGGGCAGCCCGGCCCAGGGAGUCCAGAGUUGCUGAGCUCCAUCCCUGAUGAGACGCUGGUAGGGAGAGGGGGUCUGCGGGGCCAGGCCGCAAGUGAGUCUAGCAGCACGACUCUGCCGUGGGGGCAGCCCUGUGAGGAAGACUCCGCUCCAGGAAGUGCUGCAGCUGAGUGUGUGCUCAGGUGGGAGCCUCCUGGGACAGUGCUCGAGACAGAAGCUGCGACAUCGGCUGGCCAGAGAGCGGAGCGGGAGUGGUCCUCUGAGAGGCUGCCCAGUGACCCAGCCUCCACGGAAGCCUGGGAGGGUAGCAUCAGCCACCACCCUGCCUUGGGUGACAUCUCCUUGGGGGAGAAGACUGUCUCCCCUGAAAGCAAACUGCGUGCAAGCAGCCGAACCGCUGAAACUGGGGGUGCCCCCUUGGCUGACGGGCCUCAGUGGGACUUGGGGGGGGCAGAAGCGGCUCUCCGCCCGGCGCCACCAGCCUGGCUCCCUGAGGAGGCCACCAGAGCCAACAUGGCCUUAGGCUGUGGUGGUCCGGAGAAGGAGGAGGGAGGAGGGGUGGCCCUGGAGCCCCAGGAGCAGGGAGGGGAGGGCAAGUGCAGGGCAGAGGGCCCCCCUCCAAAGCCUCCAAGGAGGUUCACACCCCUCAGCCUUGAAGAGGAAGCAAGCUGGGCUGCCGGGGGGGGCAGGCAGGAGGAGCGGUGGCAAGGUGGGGCAGCUGAGCGUGACGAACUGGGAGGCCCAGUGGUGCAGGCUUCCUGGCAAAGCCCCCCCAUGGGCGAAGACAGGCUUUCUCCAGUGGCUGUCACCUCCCUGGCGCCAACGGCGCUAAUUGGAGCAGGUGGCGGGGGUGUCCAUUGUGCCACGGAGGGCCUCGGGCUGGAUGCCAAAGGCGGUGAGCCUGCCGGAGUUAAUGAGCUGAGGAGCCAAGAUGCCCCUUCUGGGGAUUCCCUGCUGGCAGUAAACGAGGGGGCCGGCGGGGCUGAGCAGUUCGAAACUUGCCCUUCCAAGCUCUCCUUGGGCGGAUUAGGCCUGUCAGGUGCCAAGGAGGUGAACGGCAGCCGAGCUGCGAGUGGGGAGGCCAGCUCUCCUGUGUGGCCAUGCGGGGUCCCUGAGCCGGGCUUGUUACAGACAGCAAAGGAGAUCCCCAGGCACAGAGCAGGGGGGGGCAGUCCUUCCAGAGCCCCCCAGGAGCCCCAGCCCAGCCCGUCCGUGUUCUUCUGGACCGCUGUGGAGGAGGAACAGCAGCUGCCGCCGUCUCAGGACUCGGCAGGCCUUGGCGAGGAGGAGCCGUCGGGGCUCUGGCCCAGCGUGGGGCAGGGGGACGAGAGGGCCCUUUCCUUGCCUGGGGCAGCCCUUGCUGGAGGUCGUACUAGCCAGGCCCGGCCUGCCGUGCCUCCGUCUCUUGAGGUCUUAGCCGGCGGGAUGCUGAGGCGAGGGCGUGAGGGCAGCUCCACGGGCGAGUCGGACCUCUCCUCCAGCUGGUCCGAUGACCGGGUGAUGGACUUCAAGAAGGCAGACUUCUGGCAGGCAGGAAGAGGGGAGCAGGCCAGCGAGCCUGAGGCUGUCGUGACAGCAGGCAACCCCUUUGCCCCCCGGCCGCCGCCUUCUCCUCAGAACAACCCCUUUGUGGAGAGACCUCCCGACGCGCUUCCGGCCGAGGCCAUGGUCCUUCCCGUCUCUCUGGUGGAAGGCCGGGGCUUUAGCGGCCGUCGCACGGAGGCUGGUCCUCCAGGCCUGUUGCUUGCUCACCCCUCUGAGGACCAGCCUGCAGCCCUUUUCCUACACGGCAACCGGCCCUUGGCCUUCUCCACUCCUUCCUUUGAGGCAGCCGUGGACUCCAAAGAGUUCAGCCUCCCUUCCCCCAUCCUGCAUCCCGCCACGGUUGGGGGGCCUGCCGUGAGCAGCCUGGCCGUAGCCCAGCCCUCCCUCGUUCUGCCACAGCUCAGCACCGGCGCUUUGGCGCCUUCGGUCUUGCCCACGGAGACACAGCGGCCUGAAGAGGUGCCUCUGCGGUGGACAGCCAGCCCACACCCGGUGAAGCCCAUCAGCAGCACCCUGGGGCUAAAGGUCCCAAGGGAGGAAGCGGAGGAGGAGCAGGAGUGGCCAAGGCCAGCGGCCAGCCUGACCCGUGUCCGGAGCGGCGGCCGGGAGGAGCUCAAGAUGGGCCCUGCGGCAAUCAGCCUCGCUUCGGGAGCCCUGGCCCACCAGCUGAAGAAACCGGAACCCAAAAGGGACUCUUCCACGCUGGACCCCUCAGCCAAGUAUUACCACCUGACGCACGAUGAGGUGAUCCAGCUGUUGCUGAAGCGAGAGGCUGAGCUUAGCAAGAAGCAGGAGCGUGUCCAGGAGCUGGAGAACUACAUAGACUGCCUUCUGGUGCGCAUCAUGGAGCAGUCGCCCACCCUGUUGCAGCUCCCGCUUGGAGGGGAGGCGAAGGCUGCCAAAUAACCCAUCCCCUUUUCAACUGCCACGCCUCUGAAGAAAGCCACACAGCCCUCCAUCCCCCACUCUGAGUUCUUGCAGCACGCUCUCCUGGCUCCAGACCCCAAGGGUGGGCCCUGCAUAAAGUGCUCUGUGCUUUCUGACCUCUCUCGGACAACUCUCUCAGGCAGCAGGGGGCACGGCCCACACCUUGCAUCAGCCACGUGGGGCUCCCUCCCCACCCAGAGCCCUGACGAGUCCACAUCUUUCUCCAAAUGCCUGCUUUUGUGGGACGCAACCUGGAUGGGUGCAUUUGGUGCUUUCAUCGUGAGCUGAUCUUUGCCUGGGAGGGCAAAACCCAGCACUGUGAUACACCCUCCUCUGCGGCCCGAUUUUGUGCAAAACAUGGUUCUGCUCCUGUUCAACUGCUGCCCUGCAGACUUCCCAGUCUGUCACUUGAGCGGCCUCUACACUGCUUGGCUUCCAACACACGGCGUUGGGUCCGGUAUUCCGUUCCUUCCCGCCUCUGUCCCCCUUCCCCUGUAGCUCGCUGCUUGAUCCCUCUUGGUGAUGGUGGUGCAGCGUGAUGGGGAACUGAUCUGGCAGAAGAAAGAGCAGCAGGACCAAGGAGAUGGAUUGGGCAAUAAAGUCAUCCUGGCAGGCUUUGGGCAGAGCUCACUUUCUCGCCCUGGGAUGCACACUUGAGGACUAGCGUCGCUGGGCCUUUGGUGCCAUGGGGCAAAAGAGGGUUGCCCUGGGCAUGGAGCUCUGUCUUUGCAUAGCACCUGGCAUUGUUUUCCUUACAUGCUGGAGUAGAUAGCAGCCCCCAGUCUCUCUUUGCAUCCUGCUGUUUGGGGUACCAGAGGGGGACAUAAGGAAGGAAUCUGCUGUGGUGUCAGUGGGACCUGGGGUUCUUUUGUCUUCCCAGGUGUGCCUUUUGGUUCAUGGGAGGACAAACAGGCUGAAGCAGCCAGGUCUUCACACUUGACACGCAUGUUGUAGUUCCCAUUUCCUUAUGCACUGUGACCCCGCAGAAUCCCACCUGGGGGGUUUGCCAGGUGGUGGAGGAGUGGUUGGCUUUAGAGAGGGGUGAUGUGAUGAGCCCCCAUGAUUGCCGAGAGGCUUGGCCUGAAGGCUCCUUGGGCUUGGCUACUGGUGGGCGAGGUUGCCUUACGCAAGGAAGGGGGUCCAGACUGGCUUGCAGUGGUGCUGGAGCCUGCCAGUGGCUGCACGCAAAGGGCGGUGGUGGCUUUGUGCCCUCUCUGUACCUUCUUGGGAACCGGUGUUCCCUCCGCCCUAUUUGAGCAUUGGCUUCUGUCUCUCUGCAGGCCUUUGCCAACGGGCACGUGCAAGGGCGUCCCUCUUUCUGGGGCCCUGGGAGGCUGAAACUCAGAGGAGUGCAUUUCUUAGUGGGUGACCAAAUGGCACAGGACCAAACUGUAGAGUAGGGCGCGAUGAACUCUGUGACCCCCUUUUUUUGACCCUUCAAGGCGCCUUCCUCCCGUUGCUUUCAUUCUUCCUCACAGCGGUGGGCAAUUUCAGGCCCAUGCAAGUGUGGGGACCUCAUCCAGGAGCUCCAGCCCUGUCCUGCUCCGAGGCCAGAUUUGGGGUGCCUACAACUUUCCCCUCAUCCCUUUUCUCCCUAGUGAAUGGGGGGGGAUGGACAGUCUGGCACCUUCCUAAUUGGGCCCUUGGGAGGCAGGGUCCUUCUGGGCGGGGAUGCUGUUCCCUACAAUUGGCUGCCUUCUCAGGAAAAGGAGGGGCCAGUCUGGGCAUCAUGUUCUGUGGCAGAAGCUCCAGCCACGCUCUCAGGAUCGCUUGUGCAUAGUCUCUACCCUUGACCGUUGGCCACAGUUUUCUGCCCAGCAGCCCUGGCUUUGGUGGGUCCCAGAUUAAACUUGCUUCCCUGCCCACAGCAAAGCUGCUGUGAAGGGGACUGGAGUGCCAUAGAGUCGGGCGGUUGUCCCUUCUGCUGCUGCUCCCGCCCUGCCUUCGGAUUCUGGGUCAUUGGGGCUUUCCUUGCUCUGCCCCCCAGGAGACAUCUCUAUCUUGCUGGCCUGUGUGGAGCCCCCACGGCUCUCAGGUGUCAGAAAGGUGUCCCUCCUCCGUCUCCUGCACACCCUUGCGGUUUGAUCUGGAGCUGCCAUCACAGCCUGGAUCCUUGCUGGCUGCUUCUUGUGCCAAAAAUGCCCAGCUGCCUUGCCCUUCACCCCAGGAACUGGCAUGCCGCAACAUGUGCCGCACACCGCUUUAAAAGGGGGGAGGAGAGGCGGCUGACCUCAUCCAGGAACUAGGUGAUGGGAAGGAUUUGCAUGUGCACAUGUAUGUGAAAUCUUUCUGGUCUUGCAGGGCCUUCAUUGCAGAGGGCGUUCUCUUUGCUGCCGUCAGUAGUUUGGCUCCACUUUCCUUAUGUUCUACCAGAUGCCCCCAUAAGCUACAUCAGCCUUUACCAACCUGGCGCCCUCCAGAAGUUCUGGGCUACUCCCAUCAGCCCCAGCUAUCUGCAGUCCAAAGCCUCAGAGGGCACCAGGUUGGCAAAGGCUGAACCACAACAAAGUAUUUCUUGGGGAUUCUGCUUCUUGGUAGUGGUUUCUCACCUUGCCCUGUAUGGGCCCAGUUGCUUUUGUUUACUUUUUGGGGGGGGGGUCCAGAUGGAAGAAACGUUGGACAUGGGCCUCUCUCCUGCUCAAAAGGGCCCCUGUCCUGUGCCAAGCAAACCCAGCUUGAAGGAGAGCAGUGUUAACAAGUCUUCCUGCCCUUUGAGCAAGUUUAGGAGCACCGCCCCAGGGUGAAUUUUCCUUCCAGUGGUGGGGUUUAUGCUGAGGUGCUCACUUGUAUUAAGAGCCUCAUUGGGUGAUGUUCGUUUUAAAAAAGCCUGUUAUGUUUUAAGCACUUUAAAGGGAAAGAAAAUAAAAAUGGUUGAAUUUGUUGCUUAGAAA